UGUCGUUGGAUAUAGCGGUUAGUUAACAGUUAGUUAAUGUUAGUUACGCUAACGUUAGCGAACAGACGUCCGUUAGUUGGUUACAACUAUCGUUGAGGCCGCAGAAAUGGAUUUACCGGCUUCAUAUUACGGGCAACUUGAUAAAAGAAACCCAGUUGUUUCAUCCUUCGAACGAGACAUUAACUCGUUCAUGACGUCGAUUAAACGAGUCUCCUCUUCGGCUCGCCAGGACCACGGCUCCUACGUGAAAGGGAUUAAAAUCCUGGUGGAGAUUUGGAAAAAGUACAAACAACGACUGCCUUCGAAGUUGUACCUGGAGCGCAUGUUGCAGAUUGCAGAUUUUCUUUUUGGAAUAAAGCUGUACCAGCUCGCUUUUUGGCAGGGAUACAGUCUGCACCUGCUUCAGUUCAGCUCAGCGGCAAUAACUGACAUCACAGAUGUGGACCACUUCAUGGCCUGCUUCUUCCCAGAAGGUUUUGAUACAGACCAAGAUGCCUUUGCCAUGAAGAUCCGUGCAAUGCAGGGCUGCGCCUUGUGUAUAUUUGAGCAGGAGAAAAGACACAACGUUCUCAGCCAGAAGGGACUCUGUAAACUGCUUCAUGUGCUGAACUUUAUCAGGAUCAUGAUGCAGGCGUUGCAGCAACAUGAGCACCUCUGCUGGCAAAUAUAUAAUGCUUCAUUACUCAUCUACACCAUCUGCCGUUACCUGAUGACCAUGAAUUGUAGUGCACAGGCUCUGGAGUACCUUCUAUGGGCAAGCAUCAGUUUAGAGCUGUCCAUCACUCUGAUGACUGCUAAGUAUCUGCCAUGGAUUGUCACACUCUACUGUGCUGUCUGCCACUGUUACUAUGACAACCAGGCUGGUGUGCAGGCGGAGGUAAAAGACACAAUCCAGACACCUAGAAGCAGACAAUCAUUGUGA